AUGCGCCGCACGCAAAAGCUUUUCCGCUAUACACCAACACCAUCCAUGCCCCCACGUCCCCGCCGCCCCGUGAUCAUGACUGCGGCAGCUCGAGUCUUUGCCCGCGCAGCCGCCAUCCAGGCAGAGGACGCUGCCGCCGCUGCUGGCCCGGCUGCCAUCGCCCGCCGUGCCUCGAUUACCGAGGAGCCCUCGGUAUCGGCCGCAUCCUUCUCAACCUCAGCCAGCGCCCAGAACCUCGCGACCUCGAUGGCUUCCGGCAUACAGGUCACCCCCGAGAUGUACCCCCCGCCGAGUUGGCGCCGCCGCCCUGUGAACCGCGAGCCCGACUAUGAUCGCCGCCAGCCUUUGCCAGCCGACAUGCCCACGCUCCCGCUCGCUUCCCACUCGGUCCCGCUUACCGGCGCGACAUUGUAUGGCGGUAACGAGGGCCGCUUCGUCCCCGAGACCGAAGACAAUGACCCCCAUGACCUCGUGGCCUUUUCCCUCUCCGACCCGCUCGACCUUGCUCACCACCGCUUGGUGCCGGUUGAGGAUAACGAUCCGCAUGACCUCAUGGCCGCGACGCGCUGGUCGUUCGGCGACCCGACUGACCACGAGAUGCUUGCGCGCAAAAAGUACACUCCGCGCCCAUUCACGCCCGUCUUCAUUGCGGGCGAGGACAACGACCCGCACGACCUCUCGGCAGCCACGCGCUGGAGCCUCAGCGACCCGCUCGACCUCCACGCGGGGACGCCCGGUCUCAGCCGCGUCAACCACGAGGACAAUGACCCUCACGACAUGUGCGCCCUCACGAGCUGGUCCCUCAGUGACCCCCUCGACACUGACCCCAACAAGUUCAAGUACCUCCAGAGCCGCCUCGCCAAGGUAGAGGACGACGACCCGCACGACCUCAUGGCUGGCACCAAGUGGAGCUUUGGUGACCCGACCGACCACGAGAUGCUCGCUCGUAAGCGCACAAAAUACACGCCUCCUGUGUUCAAGCCGGUCUAUGUCGGCGCGAACGCCCCGACCUCUGACCUCCAUGCGUGGAGCAUGAGUGACCCGCUCGACCGUCCGGGCCCUAGCUACAAGCCCAAGGCACCAGCCAAGACCCAGGCGCAGAUUGAGCGCGCAGCCGCCGAGAACAACGACCCUCACGAUCUCAUGGCAGCCACUCGCUGGUCGUUCGGCGACCCGACCGACCACGAGAUGCUGGCUCGCAAAAAGUACUGCCCGCCCGAGUUCAAGCCAGUGUUUGUCGGCGUCGAAGCCAAGCGCGGUCCGCACGAUCUCACGGCCGCGACCAAGUUUAGCUUGAGCGACCCAUUCGACAGCGCGCGCAAAGUCAAGACCCUCCCGAAAGAGGACAAUGACCCGCACGACAUGUGCGCCUCCACGCGCUGGUCCUUCGGAGACCCGACUGACCACGAGAUGCUUGCGCGCAAAAAGUACACCCCGCCAGAGUUCAAGCCGGUAUUCGUAGGCGGAGAGGGAGCCGGCCGCAGCCCACACGACCUCACUGCCUCCACAAAAUUCAGCUUGAGCGACCCCUUUGACUCUGCGCGCAAGGUCAAGACGCUCCAUAAGGAGGAUAACGACCCGCACGACCUGAUGGCCGGUACCAAGUGGUCGUUUGGCGACCCGACCGACCACGAGAUGCUUGCGCGCAAGCGCAUGAAGUACACCCCCCCUGAGUUUAAGCCUGUCUUUGUUGGCAGCGAGCAGGCGGCCGGCCGCAGCCCGCACGACCUCACCGCUGCUACCAAGUACAGCAUGAGCGACCCGCUUGACUUUGAUCGCGUCCGCAAGACAGGCUUGGCGACGCCUGCCGCGACCCGCCCGACGUCGCCAGUGGACACAGUGCAGAAGGCGGUGGAGGCAAUUGCGGCUGCCAGGGCCUCCGAGCCGGCCCCAGUCAUGGCUCCCACGCCGCCCCUUUCGCCGGCCACCUCGGGCCUAGGCAUCGAUCUUGAGGGUGCGGACGUCGACCCGGCUUCCUUUCUCCCAAAGAUCAACCGCGACCCCGACGAGGAGAGGGUAGCGCUGCGUUCCUCGGCUGUCCCGUCAUCCCGCAUCGGCCGAUUGUUUCACUACGGCUCCCUCGGCCUCUCCCUUGGACUCGGCGCUGCGACAGAGACUAUCCGCCGUACCGCUGGCGGGGCGGGCAGCGGCAGCGUUUUCAUGAGCGAUGCCAAUGUGCGCCGCCUUGUCGCGACGCUGGGCCGUAUGCGAGGCGCGGCACUCAAGCUCGGCCAGUUCAUGUCGAUCCAGGACAACACGAUGCUGCCGCCCGAGAUUGAGCGCGUCCUCCAGCAGGUACAGGACCACGCCAACUACAUGCCCGAGUGGCAGAUGGAGAAGGUGAUGCGCACCGAACUUGGCUCCGAGUGGGAGAGCCUGUUCAAGGUCUUUGACCGGGUGCCCGUCGCUGCCGCCAGCAUCGGGCAGGUGCACCGCGCCGUGUUGGCCGACGGCACGCCCGUCGCCGUCAAGGUCCAGUUCCCUGGUGUCGCGGGCUCGAUCGAGAGCGACAUUUCCAAUGCCUCGAUCCUCCUCCGUGGCUCGGCUGUGCUUCCCAAGGGCCUGUACCUGCAGAACACGAUGGCUGUCGCUAAGCGCGAGCUUGAGGACGAGUGCGACUACGUGCGUGAGGGCGCUGCCGGUACGCGUUUCCACAACCUCCUAGCCGGCGACGCAGUAUUCGACGUCCCUCGCGUCUUCGAGCACGCCACGACCUCCAAGGUGCUUACGACCGAGUGGAUGUCAGGUCGCCCUCUGAGCAAGAUGAAAGGCAUGAGCCAGGAGCAGCGCGACCUCAUCGGCUCCAACAUCCUCCGCCUGUGUCUCCAGGAACUCUUCACUUUCCGCUUCAUGCAGACGGACCCGAACUGGGCCAACUUCCUCUUUGACGCGCCCACCGGUCGUAUCCAACUCAUCGAUUUCGGCGCGAGCCGCGAAUACACAAAGGAGUUCAUGGACGGAUGGUACCGCCUCCUCCAAGCUGCUCUCAAUGGCGACAGGGCCGCGAUGAAGACCGAGAGUCAGAGCCUCGGAUACCUUACCGGUGAGGAGAACGAUCUCAUGGUCAACGCGCACCUCGACAGCAUGGCUGCUCUCGCUUCGCCGUUCCAGCAUGAGGGCAAGUUUCACUUUGCCGACCAGACCAUUACGGACCAGGUGCGAGCUCUAAUCCCCGUCAUGCUCCAGCACCGCCUUACCCCGCCACCGGCGCCGACGUAUUCCCUCAACCGCAAGCUCAGUGGCGCGUUCCUCAUGUGUUCCAAGCUUGGGGCCGAGGUUGAUUGCAAGGCCCUCUGGGAGGGGGUUACGGCUGGGUACGAGUUUGGGCCUGAGACGACGGGCGCGACGGCCUGA